GUUUGAAGUCCAGAUUUCAUCUUCUGUCAUUCAAAGAAUUGAAACCCAAAUGGCUUCCUCAUCUUCCUCCAAGCUCAGAAGCUCUUCUCCCUUCCCAAACAUUCUACUCUCAUGCCUCAAUUUCAUUCUUUUCAUCCUUGCAUCAGCAUCUCUUGCUCCUGUCAUACUUCUCAAGAACCCUCCAACUUCACUUGGCUGGGCACUACUACUGAUCUCUUUCCUCUCCCUUCUCUCUUCCCUUGUGAGCUUCUGCUCUCAGCUCACCCACAUGUGCUUCAUAACCCAGAUCUCACUAAUCCUUGCGGCAUCCAUCGGCCAAUUGCUAGGCAUCAUAGCCCUGUUUACUCGAGAGAAUUCGAGUCUCCAAUUGAUUAAAUCGACUAGAGAUCCAAAGGAAGCUCGAGUUCUGGUUAGAGUGGAGUGUGGGACUCUGAUGGCCAUGUUUAUAAUGCAGUUGGGGGUAUUGAUGAUGACUUGUGCUGUUCACAGUUCUUGGGUGAAAGACUUUGAAGGGUUGGAAGCAGAGAGGGAGGCUAUAGCAAGGAAGAGGAGUAGAAGGUUGGCUCGAGUACAGGAGGAAUCCAUGGCUAAUGCAGCUAAGAUUGCUGAGGUUAGAGCUAAGGAGUUGGAUGAGAAGAUGAAGAGCAAGUAUGGACAGUGGGUGAAAACUGAUUUUGAAGGUGUUUGAUGAAAAUCAAGAUAUCAGAUAUGGUAAUGGUCUGUUUAUGUUU